ACGAAGAAAGCGGUAGGUUAUGGAGAAAAUAAUUGUUUGAGUUUGGUGGUUUAUUAAGGUUUCAGAUGACAAGAUAAUUAGUAUACUUUCCAAGAUUAAAGAACCAAAUGAUAAGAUAAUUGAGAGAAUAGAUAUACCUAUUUAUUUAUUAUCGACGAAACAACUGGAUUUGGGUUUCCUUGACAAGUUUAUGUCCCAGAUUUGUUUUCAGGUAAUCACAAUGGUCGCCAUCGUCUUCAUUUUUUUUCUUCUCACCACUCGGAAUUGGAUAAGCAAGGGUUUUAAGGUUUGUUAUUAGGUUUUUUUUUAAAGAAAUGUUGUAUUUAGGUUACAUAUAUAUCACUGGAAACAAUAUGCUACGGGUUUGUAAGUGUGAUUUGUAUCUUUUUCAGUCUGUGGAUUUUAUUCUGUUUGUGAUGUUCUGGUUGAAAUCAGUUGCUGGUUUGUUUUGUCUGUGAUGUACUGUUGAGAAUUGUGUGGUUGUAUUUAUGGUUCUGUUCGGUUUUAUCUGGUUCAUGUGUAUUUGUGUUAAAAAAUUUCUUCCUCUAUAGAAGUGUUUAAUGUUAAUCCUUAUUCUCUAAUUAACUACCCAUCUUUUAUGUUUCUGGAGAAUCCCACGAUCUCAUUUCAUUUAUUGUUAUAACUUCUGAUUCAGAUAAUCAUUCGAUUCAAGCUAAGGUAGUUUCUCUCAUUCUGUACCACUAAAUGGUUUCUACCCACGAUUACUCAAUUGCUCCACCAACUAUGCUACCCCAUGAAACCUCGAUCACAUGAGUCAGUAUAUGACCCCCAUUAUCGGUUUGUUUCACCAUCUAUAAAUUCUAGGAUGCUUCACUCUUCUCAUCACAACCUGUCUAUCUCUCUCUCGUGAUAAAAUUUGUGUUUAUUGUCCUCAAUGGAUCCUUCUCAAAUUGGUCCGGAUAUGCUUGCUGCUGACCUCUCCAUGGAGAAUGACAUUCUGGUUGCUCAAGACAUUCCACUUGACGAUGCUGCUGAUCCAACAACCAAAGUUUUGGUGGGUAAGGUAUUUCUCCCUGGCUCUCUUCCUCUUCAACGUUUAAGAGAUCGUUUGGUUACCUUGGGCCAUAUUCGUAAUGGGUUAACUAUUGAUUUUUUUAUGGAAGAUCUCUUUUUACUAACCUUUGGCUCUGCUGCGAAGAAAGUUCGAAUUUUGGAAGGCCAGCCAUGGCAUUUUUUGCAGAGGCAUAUAGUGUUGGCUGAACUUCCUCCUUUUGAACAGAUCAUUUCUGCGAAUGUUCGGCUAGUUCCUUUCUGGGUACAGAUUCAUAGAUUACCAAUUAGAAGAAAUACUGAAGCCAUGGGUGUCAUGCUCGGUAACUAUAUGGGGACUUUUGACAAAUAUGACGACUCCACACGCUUUCGCUUUCUGCGCAUUCGUGUUCUUCUGGAUGCCUACAAGCCACUGCUUAGAGGUAAAAGGAUUCAAUUUGAGGACUCCCAAAACAGUUUGUGGGUGGACUUCAAAUAUGAAAGACUUGCUGAAUUCUGUGAAUUUUGCGGACGUAUUACCCACAAGACGGAUGAAUGUCCUGCUGUUCUCAAUCUACAAGAACAGGGACUUCCUGUUGAACGUACCUAUUUUCCUUUGAUCCGAACUGCUGGUCUCCCUCCAAUUGCUCUCCCCAGGCCUCCACUGGCACGCCCCUAUCAACAAAAUCCUAUGAUAAUUCCGUCUCUUCCUGUGGUGCUUCCAGGAAACAAUGAAGUCCCUGCUAUUGUUUCUGGAGUUGUUGGAUCUGCUCCUUCCACUAUUAUCCAACCAACUUUGAAAUCCGAUAAAGGAAAAGGAAAGCUUGUAAUUGCAUCUGAGUCUUCUACUAUAACUAAGUCAUUGGAUGUGUCUCUAACUCAACAGGGGUCGAAUACUGGAAAUACUACUCAACUAAUCCUUCCACUAUCACUCUCUCCUACUAAACACUCCCAAGAAAGAACUAAAUACCUUGGUAUGGAUAAAGGCAAAGCUAAACUUGUUGAUGAAACUUCACCAACUAAUACUAUUGGAACUACACCAGACAUCAUUAAUGCUAAGAGACUGAAAGCUAAUGAAGAUACCGUCACUACUAAAAAAUACAAGAAAUAAAUUGUAUUCUGCAUUACUGAAUUCUUCUGUGGUUUUCUGUUGUCCUUUUAUUAAUUUAGUACUUUCUUAUUUUCAUCUUUUUAUGUUAAGUCUAUGUUUUUCAGUUUCUGUUGGUGCUGCAAUGGCUGGCAGAGGAUAAUCUAGUGAUGAUAUUCCUUGUUUAGCUUAAGUAACCUAUUUAUAUAUGUAUUACUUUCUUCUAUCUAGUAGUUAUUUCUUAUAUUAAAUCCGUGUUUGUUCA